AUGGCUUCCAAUUGUUUGAGUCAUGUGAUGGGAAUUGAGAAUCUUGAAAUCACAGCAAAACCAAACUGGCUUGAACUCCCUAGAAACAUCACAAUAAACAUACUGCAGAGACUUGGUACGGUUGAAAUAGUUACAAGUGCAUGUGUAGUGUGUCCUCUCUGGUGGAAAAUUUGCAAGGACCCUCGCAUGUGGCGCACCAUUGAUAUGGUUACUGGUAUCUCUCUGUCAUACUCUGAAAACUUUGAAUCUUUUUAUCGAUUACAGAAGAUUUGUCGCUAUGCUGUCGAUCGAAGUUGUGGUCAUCUCGAAAACAUUUACAUCAAAAAAUUUGGGAAUGAUGAUCUCCUUCUUCACAUAGCUAACAGGUAG